GGUGGGCUUGGGGAGCGAUGAAGAGAAAGGCGGGGAGGUAAGGGCGGGCUGGGCGUAUUCGACGAGCGCAGCGGCGGUUGGCGUAGCGGACGGGGUGCAGCCUCCCCGGUGUGAGGAACGGUCUCCGCUGACAGAUCCCCUUCUUCCGGCCGCGCCACUCGGGAGGCGGAUCCCCUGGGCCUGAGGAGGCUUCCCCCGCCCGGCUUGCUUUCCCUCCCUCCCUGGCGCUGCCGCGAGUCCACCGAGCGGCCUCUGAGGAGCAGCCGCAGGAGGAGGAGGAGGUCGUCGGGGGCGGCGGGCGAAGACCGCGCUCUCGCUUCCCCGGCGGCGGCGGGGGCAGGACAAUGGAGGUGGCUGUGGAGAAGGCGGCGGCGGCGGCGGCAGCGGCCUCGGCGGCGGCCUCCGGGGGGCCCUCGGCGGCGCCGAGCGGGGAGAACGAGGCCGAGAGUCGGCAGGGCCCGGACUCGGAGCGCGGCGGCGAGGCGGCCCGGCUCAACCUGUUGGACACUUGCGCCGUGUGCCACCAGAACAUCCAGAGCCGGGCGCCCAAGCUGCUGCCCUGCCUGCACUCUUUCUGCCAGCGCUGCCUACCCGCGCCCCAGCGCUACCUCAUGCUGCCCGCGCCCAUGCUGGGCUCAGCCGAGACCCCGCCGCCCGUCCCUGUCCCCGGCUCGCCGGUCAGCGGCUCGUCGCCGUUCGCCACCCAAGUUGGAGUCAUUCGAUGCCCAGUUUGCAGCCAAGAAUGUGCAGAGAGACACAUCAUAGAUAACUUUUUUGUGAAGGACACUACUGAGGUUCCCAGCAGUACAGUAGAAAAGUCAAAUCAGGUGUGUACAAGCUGUGAGGACAACGCAGAAGCUAAUGGGUUUUGUGUAGAGUGUGUUGAAUGGCUCUGCAAGACGUGUAUCAGAGCUCAUCAGAGGGUAAAGUUCACAAAAGACCAUACUGUCAGACAGAAAGAGGAAGUAUCUCCAGAGGCAGUUGGUGUCACCAGCCAGCGACCGGUGUUUUGUCCUUUUCAUAAAAAGGAGCAGUUGAAGCUGUACUGUGAAACAUGUGACAAACUGACAUGUCGAGACUGUCAGUUAUUAGAGCAUAAAGAGCAUAGGUAUCAAUUUAUAGAAGAAGCUUUUCAGAAUCAGAAAGUGAUCAUAGAUACACUAAUCACCAAACUGAUGGAAAAAACAAAAUACAUAAAAUUCACAGGAAAUCAGAUCCAAAACAGAAUUAUUGAAGUAAAUCAAAAUCAAAAGCAGGUGGAACAGGAUAUUAAAGUUGCUAUAUUUACAUUGAUGGUAGAAAUAAAUAAAAAAGGAAAAGCUCUACUGCAUCAGUUAGAGAGCCUUGCAAAGGACCAUCGCAUGAAACUUAUGCAACAACAACAGGAAGUGGCUGGACUUUCUAAACAAUUGGAGCAUGUCAUGCAUUUUUCUAAAUGGGCAGUUUCCAGUGGCAGCAGCACAGCAUUACUUUAUAGCAAACGACUGAUUACAUACCGGUUACGGCACCUCCUUCGUGCAAGGUGUGAUGCAUCCCCAGUGACCAACAACACCAUCCAAUUUCACUGUGAUCCUAGUUUCUGGGCUCAAAAUAUUAUCAACUUAGGUUCUUUAGUAAUUGAGGAUAAAGAGAGCCAGCCACAAAUGCCUAAGCAGAAUCCUGUCGUGGAACAGAAUUCACAGCCACCAAGUGGUUUAUCAUCAAACCAGUUAUCCAAGUUCCCAACACAGAUCAGCCUAGCUCAAUUACGGCUCCAGCAUAUGCAGCAACAGCAACCCCCUCCACGUUUGAUAAACUUUCAGAAUCACAGCCCCAAACCCAAUGGACCAGUUCUUCCUCCUCAUCCUCAACAACUGAGGUAUCCACCAAACCAGAAUAUACCACGACAAGCAAUAAAGCCCAAUCCCCUACAGAUGGCUUUCUUGGCUCAACAAGCCAUAAAACAGUGGCAGAUCAGCAGUGGACAGGGAACCCCAUCAACUACCAACAGCACAUCCUCUACUCCUUCCAGUCCCACGAUUACUAGUGCAGCAGGAUACGAUGGAAAGGCUUUUGGUUCACCUAUGAUCGAUUUGAGCUCACCAGUGGGAGGGUCUUAUAAUCUUCCCUCUCUUCCAGAUAUUGACUGUUCGAGUACUAUUAUGCUGGACAAUAUUGUGAGGAAAGAUACUAAUAUAGAUCAUGGCCAGCCAAGACCACCCUCAAACAGAACGGUCCAGUCACCAAAUUCAUCAGUGCCAUCUCCAGGCCUUGCAGGACCUGUUACUAUGACUAGUGUACACCCCCCAAUACGUUCACCUAGUGCCUCCAGCGUUGGAAGCCGAGGAAGCUCUGGCUCUUCCAGCAAACCAGCAGGAGCUGACUCUACACACAAAGUCCCAGUGGUCAUGUUGGAGCCAAUUCGAAUAAAACAAGAAAACAGUGGACCACCAGAAAAUUAUGAUUUCCCUGUUGUUAUAGUGAAGCAAGAGUCAGAUGAAGAAUCUAGGCCUCAAAAUGCCAAUUAUCCAAGAAGCAUACUCACCUCCCUGCUCUUAAAUAGCAGUCAGAGCUCUACUUCUGAGGAGACUGUGCUAAGAUCAGAUGCCCCUGAUAGUACAGGAGAUCAACCUGGACUUCACCAGGAGAAUUCCUCAAAUGGAAAGUCUGAGUGGCUGGAUCCUUCCCAGAAGUCACCCCUUCAUGUUGGAGAGACAAGGAAAGAGGAUGACCCCAAUGAGGACUGGUGUGCAGUUUGUCAAAACGGAGGGGAACUCCUCUGCUGUGAAAAGUGCCCCAAAGUAUUCCAUCUUUCUUGUCACGUGCCUACAUUGACAAAUUUUCCAAGUGGAGAGUGGAUUUGUACUUUCUGCCGAGACUUAUCUAAACCAGAAGUUGAAUAUGAUUGUGAUGCUCCCAGUCACAACUCAGAAAAAAAGAAAACUGAAGGCCUUGUUAAAUUAACACCUAUAGAUAAAAGGAAGUGUGAACGCCUACUUUUAUUUCUUUACUGCCACGAAAUGAGCCUGGCUUUUCAAGACCCUGUUCCUCUAACUGUGCCUGAUUAUUACAAAAUAAUUAAAAAUCCAAUGGAUUUGUCAACCAUCAAGAAAAGACUACAAGAAGAUUAUUCCAUGUACUCAAAACCUGAAGAUUUUGUAGCUGAUUUUAGAUUGAUCUUUCAAAACUGUGCUGAAUUCAAUGAGCCUGAUUCAGAAGUAGCCAAUGCUGGUAUAAAACUUGAAAAUUAUUUUGAAGAACUUCUAAAGAACCUCUAUCCAGAAAAAAGGUUUCCCAAACCAGAAUUCAGGAAUGAAUCUGAAGAUAAUAAAUUUAGUGAUGAUUCAGAUGAUGACUUUGUACAGCCCCGGAAGAAACGCCUCAAAAGCAUUGAAGAACGCCAGUUGCUUAAAUAAUAUGCAGCACCACUAGCUUGUGCUGGUUUUUAGAUUUUUUUUGUUUUCAAAAAAACCAUUUGUCAGUAAUUUAAUAACAUCACUACAAAGAAGAGUUUGUGACUACUCUGAUCUCUGUUUUGGACGUUUACUAGACUUUGAUUUCCUUAAUAGCCCAUUUCUGUUAACCUCUUAUCACUAAGAAAGAAGGAGAUGAAUGGAAGAAAGAAAAUGGAGAGAAGGAAAAAAGGAUGGAAGAAAGAAGCAUUGAAAACAAAGACAUUCUUCCCCCUUCUUGGAUUUUUAAACCACAAUCUGGAGCGAUAGCUGCUGUAGAAAGGAAAUAGACUUUGUAUGAACUCUUCAGUUGAAAAGUAUACGUGGUUUGGAUGUGUGCGUUAAUUCAGUUUUAGAAAUUAAUACCACUACCCAUGAAUUAUAUGGCCUGACAAUGUGAGUUAGGUGUACUGUACUAAAGAACAGUACUCCGCAAACAUGAGUGGUAACAAGAGUUCCAUCCCAGGAGGCCAAACGGUGCAACAGAAGGGUAGGUUAGAUGCUAUUAAGAAGGCACCUAAUAGUACAUCAUGUAAGAUGGCAACUGUAUUAAAGAAAAAUCCGGAAAACAAAUUUUGUUUGAUUUUUGUUUUUUGUUUUUAUCUUGUCUGUAGAGGUGUUUGGUAUAGGUUUUCAAGGCCACUUUUUAUACAUUUCUAGAUCUAGAUUUUCAACUUCUUCCACUGAGGGAAGUAUACACAUUUGGUUUUGCUGUGUGUCUAUGUGAGGUUUAACUGUACAGGUGAUCCUUUUACAACAAGCCUCAUUGUUUGCAGUAUAGCUGUUAGUGGAACUAUCCAAAAUAUAAAUACAGCAGCGUGCACUGUAUUUGAUGUGAGGUUUCUUCAUCUACUGGGCAUUAAAUAUAAGUUCCUCUGAAAGGGACUCGUUUUUGUGGUUUUCAUCUGUCUGUAAUUUGGAAUGAAAAUGUGUUGUGGGAUUUUGGGAGCAGGCAGUUGGGGGGAAUUAAUAGUGAUUUUUUUUUCCUGAAGCAUCUAAUGUUUUUCUUUCGAGAGUCAGAACAUCAAAUUUAAUCUUUGAUCUGACUUCUGAUUUUAUUCUCCUGAUAGAGAUACAAAAGACCUAUCUUCUGAGGACAAGCAUAUUCUUAAUGUGCCAGACCUACCCGGUUCAACUGAUCUAGAUAGAAGAAAAUUGCUGUGCCAUACACUAAUCCAGCAUUUGACACAAUACCUAAAUGGUUUGCCGAAGUUAAUCUUAAUUUAUAAAACAUUAACUGGAGUAAAUUUUUCUCCUUAGGAUGAUAGAAUAAAAAGAGCUGACUUUAAAGAAGGCUAUUAUUUGCAUUAUAUCACCUCCCAUAAAUUUAACAUAGAAGACUUGGUUUUAUCUACAUGGCUUUACUUCUUAAAGUGGAAAAUACCCUGUGGCUAAUUCAUUGGGUUUUCAGGUAUUGCUAAAGAUAAAAUAUAGGGAGAAAAUAACUUGUUAGCAAUAGCUUCCCGUUGUUUAUAUAUAGGUCUUGUUCAUAAUAUGUCAAUUACGUAUUGUUAAAAAGUCCUAAUCACUUUUCCAAAUAUGUGUUACAUGGUAAUGUUUGUCAUUGUCGUUUUAAAGUUGCAUUUGACAUUUGUUCUCCAAAGAGUGUUUGAACAGAUUUUGAUAACAGUGCACACACCUUUUGUCUUUUUUUGCUCCAGCAUUUUAUUUUUAGCACAGCAGCUGUGGAGCUUUUGCUAAUUAUUUUAUUGUUGGUAUCUUAGAAUACUGUUCGUCUGACAGUUUAUUCUUCCAUACUUGUCUCCCGAGUUAAAACAGUUAAAUUAUUUAACAACACAGUUAAAUUAUUUUGAGAAUCAUUACAAAAGGGAGUUAGAACUUGUCAGAGUAAAACUGUAAUUUCCUAAAUGUGACUAAUGAACCCCCAACUGUCACUAUUACAUUCAGUGCCAUAUUUAUCUUUCAAAAUAGUAUUUGUUUCACCCUAACCAUCUUUGGCUGAAUGAAAGGCAGUUGAGAACCAUCUUUUCGUCAUACAUAAUAUAUUAAAAUAUAAUUAUAUUUAAAGUAAAGGUCUUGGGGCCGGGCACAGUGGCUCACGCUUGUAAUCCCACCAGCACUUUGGGAGGCCAAGGUGGGCAGAUCACAAAGUCAAGAGUUUGAGAUCAGCCUGGCCAACAUGGUGAAACCCCCGCUCUACAAAAAAUACAAAAAUUAGCCGGGGAUGGUGGCAUGCACCUGUAAUCCAAACUACUCAGGAGGCUGAGACAGGAGAAUCAUUUGAACCCAGGAGGCAGAAGUUGCAGUGAGCCAAGAUCUCACCAUUGCACUCCAACCUAAGUGAGAGACUCAGUCUCAAAAACAAAAAGUAAAGGUCUUGGGUUUCUCUCUGUAAAUAGCCCUUGUGUAAUGGUCUUUAGAUUAAUAUCCUUUGACUUUAUUAAUAAGUACCUGUGUGCCCAAGUGGAUCUCAGUUAAGUCAUCCUUAAAUUCUAUUCAAAUAGAAAUAAACUAUAAAAUGAGCCUAACUAUAACCUACACUCAUUUAUCAAGCAUUCCCCCAAAAGUUCAGUGCAAUUCAGGUACCCUUGACCUAAACUUGUAUACUCCAAUGUACAUCUUUGAUAAACUCUGGAAGAUUUCCCUCUGGAUUUGGGAUCAGGAGCCCAGUGGGCCCUAUUGCUGAAUGUUUACCACACCUUUGGCUAGGGCUUAUGGAUGAGCAGACUACGUGGAAGCUAGGAUUUACUCAGUUCCACCUCACUGACAGCUUUUCUAGGGGCCAAGCAACUGACUUUCCUGCAUAAGGAAGCCCAAGUACUCGACCAGUGACAUAUAUGGCCAUUUGGCAAAAGUAUAAAUGGAUGGAUGUAGACCAUAUUGAAUGCAGAAUACAUUUUAGAUCAGUAUCUGGCAUUGCAAUCAUUUUGCCUUUUGAAUUAACAUGCCCUGCUUGUCUUUUCUGAAUGUAAGGGUAGGAAAGUAGAAGGUACUAAAAAGGAAAUGUAGUUUUAGUUUCUUUUCUAAGCUAAAGAACUGGCUUUACUACUACUAUAUUUUACUACCACACAGUAGUAUAGAUGUAGUAUAACUUGGUUAGGAAUGCUUUCCCAAAGGUUACCUCCAUAGUCAAAAGGGUGAGUAUACAGCUGAUUCUUCCAUUUAUGAAACUGCAUUUCAAUAUCCUAUGCUGCUACUGUGCUUAGACACUUAGUUACAUUUGAGUUCCAAGGAGAGAGAGUGAGAACAGGAACUCCUCCUCUUGCUGAGCUCUGGUCCAAAUUAAUGUGAAUACCAAAAGUAAAUUGCUGUAUAUGAAUAAAAGGUUUUAGGUUUAAA